UCGGAGCCCUGGGCCCUGAACCCUCGUGUGCGGUUGUGAACUCUAGGCUGGAGUGGGGUACAGGCGGGCGGGCACCCCCUCCUCACCUCUGGUGCCGCCGCCCUCAGGCUCAGACAUGGCCCAGAACCUGAAGGACUUAGCGGGACGCCUGCCCGCCGGGCCUCGGGGCAUGGGCACGGCGCUGAAGCUACUACUGGGGGCCGGCGCGGUGGCCUACGGCGUCCGCGAGUCCGUGUUCACCGUUGAAGGCGGCCACCGAGCCAUCUUCUUUAACCGGAUCGGUGGCGUGCAGCAGGACACCAUCCUGGCCGAGGGCCUCCACUUCAGGAUCCCCUGGUUCCAGUACCCCAUAAUCUAUGACAUUCGGGCCAGACCCCGAAAAAUCUCCUCCCCCACAGGCUCCAAAGACCUGCAGAUGGUGAACAUCUCCCUGCGAGUGCUGUCUCGGCCCAAUGCCCAGGAGCUCCCCAGCAUGUACCAACGCCUAGGCCUGGACUAUGAGGAGCGAGUGUUACCGUCCAUUGUCAACGAGGUGCUCAAGAGCGUGGUGGCGAAGUUCAAUGCCUCACAGCUGAUUACGCAGCGGGCGCAGGUGUCCCUGCUGAUCCGCCGCGAGCUGACAGAGAGGGCUAAGGACUUCAGCCUCAUCCUGGAUGAUGUCGCCAUUACAGAGCUGAGCUUCAGCCGGGAGUACACAGCUGCUGUGGAAGCCAAACAAGUGGCCCAGCAGGAGGCCCAGCGGGCCCAGUUCUUGGUGGAAAAAGCAAAGCAGGAACAGCGGCAGAAGAUUGUGCAGGCAGAGGGUGAGGCGGAGGCCGCCAAGAUGCUCGGAGAAGCGCUGAGUAAGAAUCCUGGCUACAUCAAGCUCCGUAAGAUCCGGGCAGCCCAGAACAUCUCUAAGACGAUUGCCACCUCACAGAAUCGCAUCUAUCUCACGGCUGACAACCUCGUGCUGAACCUGCAGGAUGAAAGUUUCACCCGGGGAAGUGACAGCCUCAUCAAGGGUAAGAAAUGAGCCUGGUCACCCAGAACUCCGCCCCGGAGAGGAAGUGGCUGUUUCUCCUCUGGAUCUUGAGGAGCAGCUAGGGCUCGGGCACCCCAUUCCACCUGUUGGUCCCUCUACUCCUGUCGCCUGGAGCCCUUGAAGACCGACCUUCGGGGACGAUUUCUUCCUCCUGUGUCGGCUAGCGGGUUGGGACCGUGUGAUUUCUCAGUGAUUUCCUACCAUGUUGCACCCUCCCUCCAGUUGGGAGGAAUAAUCACCACCCCAGGAAUUCUCAAUAAACUUUUAUUACUUAAACUGAA